CCCAAACCCCCUACAGCCGUUUUAUCGCCAUGGCCACCCCCGUGGGAGUACACCUGGUAGGGAGUAUCCCCCUGCGCGACACCGAUGAGGUUUUCCGGAAGAUCACCGCCGCGCUGCCCAACCGCCUCUACUCGAUUCCUGACGGCGAACCCGGCUUUCGCCAGAAUUACAUCGCCACAGAGCUUCCCUGCUUUCCCAAGGAGACCUGGCGCCUUUUCCUGCCGGGCAGCACCGAAUUACCCGCCGACCACCCCGGCUUCACCCAGGAGUCCGUGACAGCAUCUCACUACGACGGCGCCGCGUUGGAAUCCUACCAGCAAUUCGUGCAGCUGCGCGAUCAAGGCGUGAUUCCUCAGGGCGUCCGAUUCCAAGUCUCUUUGCCCUCGCCCCUCGCGUGCAUCCAGGGCCACCUCAGGCCCGAAUUCCACACGCAGCUUGAACCGUUUUACGAGCGCCGGAUCCUCGACGCCCUCGACGCCAUCAUCGCAGGUAUCCCGGCCACUAAUCUCGCCAUUCAAUGGGAUCUCCCGUUCGAAGUGAUCGACCUCGAAUAUGAGCGUGGUCGCUUCCCCGACGAUUUCACCUUCAAGCCGCAGUUUGCGCCCGUCAGACAGGGCAUCUUGGAUCGGAUUCAGCGUCUCUGCGCGCGGAUCCCGGAAGACGCCCACGUCGGCUUCCAUCUCUGCUACGGGGACCUAGGAGGGAAGCAUUUUAUCGAUCCCGAGGAUCUAGCGGUGGUUGUGGAGUUCGCGAACGACAUCGCAGCGACGAUCCGACCGCACGCGGUGAAUUGGGUGCAUGUGCCGGUGCCGAAGGACCGCGUCGACGAAUCAUACUUUGCGCCGUUGAGCAGGCUGACGCUGGACGAAGAUACGCGGUUGGUCUUGGGGCUGGUGCAUUUCGACGACGAGGAAGGGACUCGGCGGCGGAUUCAGGCGGCACAGAAGGCCACUGGGAGGGCUUUCAGCGUGGCGACGGAGUGUGGAAUGGGGAGAGUGCCGACGGAACAGCUGGAUAGUAUCUUGAGGAUUUCAAAGGAGGUGACGGGCCCGAUUGUUUAA